UCUCGUAAGCGCACAGCCAUGGGGUGUCCUGGAGGAAAGAUCAACCGGCCUCGGACGGAGCUGAAGAAGAAGCUGUUCAAGCGGCGGCGGGUGUUGACCCGCGAUCGGCGCCUCAAGCACCGCGUGGUCGGGGCCGUGGUGGACGAAGGGCUCAUCACGAAGCACCACCUCAAGAAGCGGGCGUCCAGCGCCCGUGCCAAUAUUACUCUGUCUGGGAAGAAGCGCCGAAAACUCCUGCAGCAGAUCCGACUUUCUCAGAAAGAGAAAGCGGCCAUGGAUGUCGAAGCAUCUCCUAAGCCAGGCAGGGCUAGUGAACCACAGCCCAAAAGGCAGAAGAAGAUCAAAGCUCCACAGGAUGUAGUCAUGGAAGAUGUUAGUGAGGAGUGUUAAGGGACAUGCCACUUCCGCCCAAGCUUCUCAGCUGGAGCCAGGAGGACUCAGGCACAGAUCUCUCUGC